AUGACUAUCGAGUCUCAAGAACCUUGGUGGAAAUCCGCCGUUGUUUACCAAGUUUGGCCUGCUUCCUUCAAAGACUCCAACGGAGACGGUAUUGGAGACUUAAACGGAAUCACUUCCGAGCUCGACCAUAUCAAAUCCCUUGGUACUGAUGUGAUCUGGCUUUCUCCGCACUAUGCUUCGCCAUUGGACGAUAUGGGAUACGAUAUUUCUGACUACAAUGCCAUCAACCCUCAAUUUGGCACUAUGGAGGACAUGGACAGACUGCUUGCCGAGAUCAAGAAGAGAGACAUGAGAUUGAUUCUGGACCUCGUUAUUAACCACACCUCGUCUGAGCACGCUUGGUUCAAGGAGUCUAGAUCUAGCAGAGACAAUCCAAAGAGAGAUUGGUACAUUUGGAAGGACAAUGCCAACAACUGGCUUUCCUUUUUCUCUGGUUCUGCAUGGGCUUAUGACGAAAAGACUAAGCAAUACUACCUUCGCCUGUUUGCUGAGACUCAGCCUGAUUUGAACUGGGAGAACCCAGAGACCCGUGAAGCCAUUUACAAAUCUGCUCUUGAGUUUUGGUACGAGAAGGGCGUUUCUGGUUUCAGAAUCGACACUGCUGGCCUCUACUCAAAAGUCCAGACUUUUGAGGAUGCGCCAAUCACCUUCCCAGGUGAGAAAUACCAGCCGGCUGGUCCACUCAUCAACUCCGGUCCACGUAUUCACGAGUUCCACAAAGAGAUGUACGAGAAAGUGACUUCCAGGUAUGAUGCCAUGACUGUCGGAGAAGUUGGUCACUGCUCCAAGGCAGAUGCUCUCAAGUACGUCUCUGCAAAAGAAAAGGAGAUGAACAUGAUGUUCCUGUUCGACACUGUUGACGUUGGAUCCGACAAGAGCGACCGUUUUAGAUACAAAGGCUUCAACUUGACCGACUUCAAGGAUGCCAUCAUCAACCAGUCAGAAUUCAUCUUUGAUGACGAGACCGGUGAGCUGAAUGACGCAUGGUCCACCGUUUUUAUCGAGAACCACGACCAACCACGCUGUGUCACAAGGUUCGGAAACACCUCCAACAAACUGUUUUGGAGCAGAUCUGCAAAGAUGCUGGCACUGUUGCAGACAACCUUGACCGGCACUCUGUUUGUGUACCAAGGUCAAGAGAUUGGUAUGACAAAUGUUUCACCGAAAUGGGAUAUUUCAGAGUAUUUGGAUAUCAACACCAUUAACUACUGGAACGCGUUCAACGAGACCGAGCACUCUGAUGAGGAGAAGGCCGAGCUGCUGAAGAUCAUCAAUUUGCUGGCAAGAGACAAUGCAAGGACUCCAGUUCAGUGGGACUCUUCUGAAAACGGUGGUUUCGGUGGUAAGCCUUGGAUGAGAAUCAACGACAACUACAAAGACAUCAACGUUGCUUCGCAGAAAGAUGACCCUAACUCUGUGCUCAACUUUUACAGAAAUGCCAUCAAGACCAGAAAGCUUUAUCCUGAGACGUUGACUUUUGGCCGUUUCGAGGUGCAAGACUACGAUAACCAGGAGGUUUUCUACUACACCAAGACCAGCAACAAAGGCCAAAAGAAGAUGGCUGUUGUUUUGAACUUUACUGAUAGAGAAGUCGAGUACCCAAUCCCUCAAGGAAAGCUGCUCCUGUCUAAUAUUGCAAACAACAUCACAGGCAAGCUGCAACCAUAUGAGGGUAGACUGAUCGAGGUCAAUUAG